AUCGAUUCAGUUGUAGUCCCAUUCGUUCACCGAGUCGGUUGUGUUUUGAAAAUUGCUCUCUUGAGUUGUUGGAAGGAAGAAAAUUUUCUACAAGUCUCGCGUUAAACUGGUGUUAGUGUUUCUAGUGAACAGCAGCAGUUGAGAAGCUUUGAUACAACAGUUUGAAGAAAAGAAUCUUCAUAUUUCCGCGCAAAACCAAACUCUAAACACCACAUUCAAAAUGGCCGAGAGACCAAAGCGUCCACUAUCCGCGUACAUGCUGUGGCUGAAUUCUGCCCGCGAACAGAUCAAGAAGGAUAACCCCGGCAUCAAGGUCACCGAGAUCGCCAAGAAGGGUGGUGAGCUGUGGAGAGGAAUGAAGGACAAGACCGUAAGUAUCGCGGAAUGGGAAAACAAAGCCGCCAAAAUGAAGGACGAAUACAACAAGGCCGUCCAGGAGUUCGAGCGAAAUGGUGGCAGCAAAGAUGCCGGCAACAAGAAGAAGAGCAAGGGCGCCAAAAAGGUAGUCAAGAAGAGCAAAAAGAAGGACUCCGACGAUGACGAUGAUGAGUCUGGGGAGGAAAGCGAGUGAACUAAUAAAACACCCUACUCUAAAGUAAAGUAAAAACAAAAUAACAAAAAAAAUAUUUUUAAUUUAUUGUAUAAAUGUUCGGGGCCUUACUUCUCAAAAAGCAGCAUCAGUCUCUAGACACUCGGAAGGGCCGAAGCGGCUGAGCGCUUCACGCGAUCCGCAUCGGCUUUCUCGUAUACAAAACAAAAAAAAAAAUCAUUGAAAACACAAAAUCCCAUACUACACACGAAUACUACAAAACACAACAGAACACACCACUCAAAAAAAAAAAACGCAACCAAUGGUAAUUUUUCAGUCGGGAAGCUUAAGAAACGAUAUCUGUUGAACAACGCGCAUAUAAACCACAGCACUUGGUUUUUCGCGAGAGAUGUGACGACGGGAUAGCCGCGGAACAAAUUCCAUUAAUUCUAACGUUUUUCGUCUGAUAAAAUUUACACAUCCUGGUGCCAGAUGAAGAGAAAUAGGUGACUCGACGACAACAAAUAAAAGGGGCUUCAACUCCCGAUGUUUUACUUUCUCUCUACACCGCGUUUGAGAAACGAGAACUCACAAAAAUCCCCCCCUUUAUUUUGUAAGGAAGGCCAUGUAAUAUUAACGCAAGAAAAGUAAGAAAAUUUUAAAAAACAAAAAAAAAGCGUCUAAUUUUAAGUGAUUUAAACUGUGUAUGGAACAAAAAUCAACAAAAAAAAGUAAUCUAAGGUCAAGAAAACAAAAAUAAGACAUAGGUGUACUCACAGGACAACAAACAAAAAAGAAGCGUAAAUAUACUUAGAAAAAAGGAACGUUAUGAGUAGUGACUAGUAAUGGUUUUUUUUCCUACGGUGAAACUUCUUAAAAUAAAACGAGAAACCAACUUGUUUAAAAAAUACGACUUAGUAUUUCCUCAUUUUUGUUUUCUCCUCAAUCGUGUCGAUUGACUGCGGCGCAAAGAACAUUCAUUAUUAACACAUAAUCUGUUACACGUGUUAGCCUAGUGAGUGUGGAUUCCUUCCCACUCUACUACUUGUGGGAGUUGGUAUGGUUUGCUCCGAUUCUUUGAAUACUUUUUUCUUAUGUUGCUCAAGGGGGCUCCAGAAAUGUGGAACAUCAUACAAAAUAUGUGAAUGUAACAAAGGAAGUUAGUUUAAAUAAAAUUUAAGACUGUAA